AUUCCUCAUAUUUUCAAGGAUCCAUGGACAAGCACCCAUUGCAGCAUAUACUGGAGCAUUGGUAUGAGCCAUCAUCAAAGCUGGUGUAAUCAAAAUAGUUAGAGAUGUUCUUGGCCCAAAAUAUUCUUGCUCAAGUGCUAGAGCAGUUGCUAAUGUUGCUCCUCCAAGAGAAUGGCCUAAGAGGGCUAUUUGAGAAUAUUCGAAUUCCCAAUAUUCAUCAUCAAUAGAUGGAUUCAAGCUAACAUGCUGCCGGCUGUAAGUGUUUCCACGCAGGUUAUACAGCCACACAUCCUUUCCUUGGUUGGCAAGAUAGAAUGCUGGAGAGUAAACUCCUCCAAGUCUUGUAAAUGACUCACCCGCUUGAAAAGCAGGGUGAGACAAUAGGAUUGGUUCUUUGUUUGUGGUAUCUGAUGGACUUUCAGGUCCAUUUGGAAUUCUCAUCAGAGACAAGAUGUAACCAUCCUCAGUGGUGACCUGAUAUUCCUCAUAUUCAAAGCCAAGUGCUUCUGCUCUUUCUCUGACACUCAUCCGCCAGUAACCAUCUAGCUGGGCCUUCACACGAGUGAUGUAACAGAGUAUGAUCAAAAUAGGUAAGAAGAAUUUUCUAAAAUAAAUUUUGGUUCCUGAAUAGCACU